UAUCCCCCUUCUUUCGAAUUCAGCGCCUGCAUGGCGGAAGGUCGAUCCAAUGACGAUCCCUGAGAGCCAUGUUGGAUAGAAAUGCUCUUCUCUUCAUCGGGCUCCAGUUCGGCUCACGGUUUGCCAACUCCUUCCUGGUGACUGCCGCAAGAUAUGAGCUGCUGGAAGCUGGAGGCAUUUUUCAAUUUGCUGGAGCACAAGUGGCGACCAAUGUGGCGCGCAUGUUGGUGUCACAGGUGGCGGGCCUGUUGACCGACAACUUCGCCUUGAAACGAAUGUACGUCGCCUCAGAGGCUCUCAACCUGGUUCUUGCAGUGGCGAUGCUUGCGUGUGGCCAACAUCAUAGCAGGAUGCUGUUUGCCCUGAAUAUAGGCCUCGGCUUGCUCUUCGCCUUUUCGCAGCCCGUGACGAAGUCGAUGCCGCCGGCGGUCGCCGCGGCGCGGGAGGACUUGGCCAUCAUCAACGGAUGGGACUUGACCUGUGAUAAGAUCGGCCGGUACUUGGCGCCCUUUGCCUAUGCCGUGGUCUCGUCCAGUCAUGGAUUCAACUUUGCAGUGCUGCUGAGCUGUUUGAUGUAUGCUUUGAUGUCUGUGCUGCGGAUGAUGGUCACAGUCCUGGAGCCAGCCUCUCGCAGAGAGACCAAGAAUGGAGCUUCACAACCAACUGUUGCUCAGAAGCUUGGCGGCUUAUUGCAGCAGGUUGUGGAUGGCGUGACCUCUUUGAGAAGGGACAAAGUUCUCCAGCUUCUCAUCAUCAAUACACUCGUCACCAACGUCUUCCUCUACCCUUUGAAUUCGGUGCAUUUCCCGGUGCUUUUCAAGCAGGUCGCAGAGCGAGAGAAGUCCGAGCUGGAUCGGACAGUCGUGGAUGACCUGCUGCACCAGGUGAUGCUCGCCCUGGACAUCAAAAGGCAGGACCCUUCCUGUCAAAUGCAAUGCCAGCCACCCAGACCCGAAGAAAUGGGCGUGGGAAUAUUAGGGACAGACAACUGAGCCAAUUGAUGCAAAGUGCAAGAAGUGGCAAAUUCCUUUUGGCAAUGGACCACUGAACAGGAAACUAUAUU